AUUUUGUAUGUCACUGUACAUGCGUAUGUCGGAGUGCUAAUAUUUUAUGUUUUUUUUAUUUUAUUACUGUAUCGGGCAUGUGCUGGAAAUCACGCGAUUUCGUUCCGUUUCCGAAAUUGCAAAUCGCAUGAAUUAGUUUGGGGUGUGCUGAAUUCCACGCGAUUUCAGUGAAGUUCGAAGUUAAGUUCGAAACAGCUGAUUGUCAGAGAAAAGAAAAAAUGUGUUUAAUUUUGAGUUGAAGAUUUGUGUUAAAAUGAGCGUUUUCAUUCCUUCUGCUUAUUUAUUGAAUCAAAUGAACUGGAAAAGUGAUGAAAAGGUUGCGCGACGACUUUUAAGAGACCACUCCAAUCCUUUGGAUAUUCCAGAGCCUGUUUUUAUUUCGUACUACAGGAUAAACAAAGAGGCCUUUCGGAAUGUAGUUAGCGAUAUUGAGCCUUUAAUACAUCUGUCGUCCAUACCUGUUGAGUUGAAAUUAGCAACCACGUUGAGAUUUCUUGCGGAAGGAGGAUUCCAACGGUCUAUUGGAAAGGAUUCACAUAUUGCAUGUGAUAGGACGACGGUGUCAAAAAUUUUAAAAGAGAUGUUAAACGUUUUAGAGCGAACACAAUGUCCAAAGUGGGUAAAGUUUAUGAAGUUCAUCAGUCCGAUUUACAUUUUUACAACAAAUUUGCUAUACCUGGCGUUAUUGGCUGCAUCGACGGGACUUACAUCAAAUUACUAA